AGUUGCAAGUCGUUUCCCAAAGAAGGCAUUUGUUAUCAUCAGUAUGGACGGAUGUGCAAAUUGCGGUGAGCAGUUCAAAAGAAGACCGCACGGUUACGAUAGAUGGAACUUGGAUACGAAUGUGCAAAUCGGCUUUGUGGGUAGCCAGGGUCAGCCGCCGAGUGAACCUAUGCAAGUCACCGCGCGACAAGCGCUUGAAAAUAUGACUGGGCUGUCGUUUGUGACAUUUGGAAACAGCAAACGACAGGGUGAAUUUUUAUGUCUUAGAUGUCUGGGUCUUCUCAAGUUUGGUUAUCGAUGUUGCUGUGCAAUGAACGAGUUUUGGAGGCUGACAUCUGAGGAUAGUUACUUGAUGCAUUGUUUGUCGCAGGAUUAUCUGCAUGAACUCCAGUCCGGUGCUUCUUUUAGAGAGGAUAUGACAAUGCCAGCACCGUCAACGGAUGCAAACAGAAAGCCGUAUCCACGAUCAUUUUUGAAUAAGAAACCAAAGAAGUCGUCUAAGUGGAAUACAAUAGCAGGCUAUAUUCAAAAGCGUCGUUAUCCACUUGCCGUGCGCGGGAUUUAUCGUGCCACGGCCGGAUCAAAAAGACAGUUUCUGAAUGUGGUCAAGAAGGAAGUACGUAGGGAGGUUAAAUCACUCUUCCUCAGUGAUAUCUGCCUCUGUCAAAAGGCUAAUCUGAUGAGCACACCGGAAGAUAUUCCAUGGGAUGAAGUGAUUGAGGAGCUUCGAGAUAAAGCUCCACUGUUACAUACUGUGCUCAUAGGUGCUGUAUCUGCUGGAAAAACUGAGCAUGACCUACGUCGAGGCCAUAACAGACAAGUUGACCUGAAGCCUAUGAUUGGUACUGCCCUUUCCAUCCUGCUAUAUGCAAAAUACCCUGUCAAAGCAAAUUAUUUGCCCACCACAAUUUCAUUACUUCUGAGAAGAAAGCGGUCCAAACAAAAGACUAUCAGUCUGCUAAGUAAAUUAGGUUUGUGUUUUGGUCCACACGGCACAGAUGUUUGCUUUAAAAGGUUAAAAGAGGAGUUUGAUUUGGCAAUGUCCGACUGCCCUAUUGGAGAUGAAAAUGUUGUAGAAGGCGAGAGGUAUUCACCAACUCUGAAUGGCACUGAGGAGGAGUGUUUGGACUCACAGGUUCUUAACAGUGUUGAAGAUGCAUCCUUAGACUCAUCAUUUGUUAACGACGAGGAAGUAACAUCAGCUUUAUCGCCUCCAGGUCAUAUAGAGCCAGAUGUCAAUAUGAUGUUAGGGGAAAAUGAACCAGAAUUCGAAACAGAUAUUUCAGAAACGGAUAUAUCUUCCGACGAGGAUGAAAUAUAUACUGAUGAUGAUGAACCUUGCACGGAAAAUGGUCAUAUUUCUGACAAAAUACCCGUGAAUAUGUCGACUGAAGAAUACCGUGGAUCAGGUUAUGACUUUGAACAGUCAAGAGAAGAAUCUCUUGACCCUGGUUUUACACUUUCCUGGGAUAAUGUCUGCAAUCGAAUGAUAGCAAGUCAUCCACAUGUAGACCAGCAAAAUGCAAAAGUAAAGUAUUCUCUUGGAUAUUUAGCAGUAAAUCGUAUUCCAACGGUCCGUCUAGAUAAUUCUGACCGGACAACUAUUUCAGCUUCUGAUAUUCCAUUUACAGUAUUUACACCCUCGGUUAGAGACUUUCAUGAGCUACAGUCCAGAAUGACAGUAAUUGUGUCACGCAUUUUGACAAGACACUUGCAGUGGUUCAGUGAGUUCUUUGAUGACUGUACUGUGGAACAUGUAAGUCAUAAUCACUCACUGGAGUCUGUGCAAAGGAGCCUUUUAAUGAAUCUCGGGGCACUGGACGAGAGCUCGACUGAUGCAAACACAGAUGUCAUUAACUGUGUUCAAAAGUACAUUGCGAAAGGCAGUGAUCACUCUGUACCUGCUGUUAUAUUCAGAGAUAGUUCAAACUUUGGGUGUGAUAGUCGAGACAAUGAUGUGCUUAGGGUAGAAACUUUAAUUUCGGAUGCUCAGGAGUUUCGAAAAGAGAUCUUGCUCCUGGAAGACUAUUACAACGACUUCCUGAAAGAGACUAGCUUUGAAGAAAAAGGCACUCUACGUCAAAUCAUGAACAUGAUAAAUUUUUCAGAUGACAAGUUGAACAGUUUUUUACAACGAUGGGAUCUCAUGUGUGAAGCAACGGAGGCGUUUGUCAUCCUCUCAGCAAUGGAGGUCAUGGGCUUGAAAACGACAAGUGAUCGCCCUCCUUCCGCAGUGAAGGCGCUAGAAGCAUGUUCUCUCCAAAAGAGACGGUCAUUUCUGGAUGCUGUCAGUAAACAGAUUGUUCAGUCAAUUUGGCAUGAGAUGGACACAGAUGCGCUAACAAUAUCCCCGUCAGAAGGUGUUGCGGAUUACUGUUGUAAUGAGGACAGAGAUGAAGGUGUGGUGAGAUGUAAAAGUGGAAGGGGCUGUAUCAAGGGAGAGUUGUUUCAUUACUCCUGUGCUGGGGUUACAUUACACCAACAACUAGAUGAGUGGUACUGCAGUGAAGAAUGUGAACAAAAAUCCAAAAAGACUUUUAAGUAUUGUAUGUGUUCACAAGACAUGGGUGAUGUGGCCAUGGUUGGAUGCGCGGCACAGGAUGACUGUUUAUUGAAGGAAUGGUAUCACCUUGAGUGUAUCGGCUUUUCUGAGGAAGAGCUUCCAUCCUGUGAAUGGUACUGUACUGAAGAAUGUAAACUGUUGUAUGAAGAUGAAUCUGUGCGACAAAGCUCUCGACUGGUGAAGAAAAGAAGGACAAACACAACUUACUUACCUGACUUCAAAUUCAGGUACAAUACAGCACUAGCUUGGAGGGGCCUCAAUCUUCUAUGUCGUCGGGAUGCUGUAAGGGAAGGGGAUGGUGAUGCUAUGUUGUCCUAUUGGGUCAUGGACCUUGUGGAUUUCUAUCGGACCGGUAAAUUUGAAUCGGUGACAUCAGCACAUCGGCUCCUGUCUUCAGUUAACGGAUGGUUACCAGAAAAGAUUGGACAUGACCUACGCUGGAACAGGACAGUUAAUUUCACCGGUGGCAGUGGCCGAAAUAUACCAGCUGACCUGAUGAACGACAUUUUAAACAGACUUUUUAAUGACUUACCAAAGAGUCGGAGAGAUUGUUUCGUGUCCAAAAUAUCAGAUGACGCCAAUCCCUCUCUGGAUCUUUGUGAGGAUUCUAUAGAUGUUGUAUUUGAUCCAAAAAAGAUUCAGCGUGAAGUGAAAUUACACACAAGACGAAAUGCAGACAUUGACAAAAACGUCCGUAUGAUAGUGAAGAGUUUAAGAGGAGAGGAUUUAUUUAAGGUAGUCCCGGGCAGACAGUACAAGGCCUUCCCCAUGUUUAAAUACGAUUCCAGUCCUAAACCUGAGGGAAAAUUUGGCUUUGAGUUAGUUCGGUUAGCAAAAAGGCUUGAUAGUAUACGAUUUACGUAGAGUUUAGAAACGAGGAUAUUGUUUCAUGGAGCAGUGCUAAUAACAGAAACACUGGACAAAGACUAGUAGCUGAUCCCUUAGUAUAACAUUGGCGAAUGGGACCUUACAAAUGAAAUACGCAUCAAAAAAGAAUUUCCACUUAAUUUUUUUUUGUUUAUAAAUUCCUGGAAAAAAGGCAGAUUCUUUAACACACACUAGACCUGGAUUUUGUAUACAACAAAUGUGAAACAUCUGUGAUUAUAUGCAUGGCAUGGCGUUGUCCGUCGGUAACAAAGGUUGUCAUAACAAUAGCACAAAUAGCCCUGAAUAUACGCCCCAACCCUGAAUUGUCAUAAAAAAUCAUGAAUAUUGGAGGGAGUCUUGAAAAAAUCUCGAAUUUUCGCUUCCAGCAUCUUCCUGUCCACAUGUAUACAUGUAUUAGUGUUAGUAACUUGUUUUCUACAUCGCACUGGGUGCUCAUCGGUUGAGUUUUGGUUAUUGUUUCAUUCUGAAACACCUGACGCGGAAUGGUAUGAUACUGGCGUACAUAGUUUGUCAUUUGGUAUACAAGGUUUACUCAUAAAAAGUCGUGAAUUCUUGUUUUCAGAUGUGUGGCAACCAACUUUGCUGCGUUCACACUAUCUCCAGAACGUCUUUCCAUGACGAAAAGGUCAUCAACUGCAUGAGAAACCUGGUGUCAGUACACUGUGGUGUCAUGUCCGGUCUCUGUGGUUUGAGACAGGCCUAUAAAUGUAUGCCCUCACGGAAGCGUCGGCAGGCCCAAAAUAAUGGACAAUUCAGAACGUGUAUGACAAUAUUUUUAUCGAAAUAGCUAUGCCGUUUCUAGUCAGAUGCUGAUGGUUGCACGAAGCUGGCCAACUGGUCAGGGCGUCAAAUUGGUGAUUGAAGAGACAAUUUAAUUCCGAGUCGGAUUGUACCUUAUACUUCUUCUGUUCGCUCUCCAUGUAUAGGAGGGUAUGCCAAGUGCUGGUCAGUCUGGAGUCUCGAAUCUUGUCAAGCAAAGAUAAUUUAAAAAUAGAAUGCCCUGCAUUUACGGGUUAUGUCAUCUGCCAAAAGAAUUUUACCUUGCAUAUACAGGUUAUGUCCAUGGUGCUAGGCGCUGCUUGGCCUGCAUUGUGCAGGAAUGCUGUGACUGUAUGUCCAACAAUUGGCGGCCAUACGAAACAGUUUCUUUACGUUCUAAAAGUAAUAACGUGAUCGUACAAUACAUGUGUAUAGGCAUUGAAUGAACAAGCAGCUUUCGGCAUACACUGUAUAACGACAA